GCUCCGAACACGAUGAACGCAAAACGGCUGAGUCCCGUCUCGACUCGAUUCAAGAUUUCAAGGCUACGCUUGUUUACGACCAACAACGGUCGGCUGGCACGCCGGGCGUCCCGCGUUCGCCCACGCAAUACCCCUACAAAUCAUUCGUCCGCGAGACAAGAAUGCGAUAACGGCAAGGUUAUACGAGAAUACCGCGUUAUCGCCGAUAGUCGGGAGAGAGACGCGUCGUGCGCGCGCGCGCGCGUUUCCGCCCGCCCGCCCGUCGAAGCUCAUUAAACUUGGUUGAAACUUCACGGGGGAUUCGCGGGAGUUGCGACGCUCGCUCGAUCGCGCUAAAAACGCAGCGGCAGCGAAGUUCGGACUUUGCCAUCGGUGCUUUUUAAGUCAUGAUCACGUAGAAAAGUUGCCGCGUCCGUCCGCGUGGAUCACACGCGAGAACUCGCGACCGUCUCCAUUCGUCACGCUUCGGUUAUCAGUUUCGCUAUCUCUUCGAGGGAAUUCUGAAUAAUGUUGAACAGUAUAGCAAAACAUAUUUUGCACUGCUGCCUGCUGCUCGUGGUCAUAUUAGUGUUCGAAUUUGUAUCCGGAGGCCUUCGAUGGAACACGGACGAGAAGGAAGAGAUUGAUCCAUGGACAAGAUACGGCAUUAUCGGUUCAAUCACGUUGUACCUGCUGCGCACAGUGACGUUUCUCUCAUUGCCUCAAGUUCUAUUCAAUUUCAUAGGAUUAACGAUAUACAAUGCAUUCCCUGACAAAGUUAUCUUGAAAGGCUCGCCCCUGCUCGCACCAUUUAUCUGUAUAAGAAUAGUGACCCGUGGAGAUUAUCCACAAUUGGUGAAGUCAAAUGUGAAGAGAAACUUAAACAAAUGCAUAGAGGCUGGUCUCGAGAACUUCCAAAUAGAAGUGGUGAGCGACAAGCCGAUAGGUUUGACGCCUCAUCGCAGGGUGAGAGAAGUUGUUGUCCCACCGAAUUAUCGCACAAGUAGUGGUGCCUUAUUUAAGGCUCGUGCUUUACAAUACUGCCUCGAAAGCUCGGUAAACGAAUUGGCUGAUCACGACUGGAUUGUCCACCUUGAUGAAGAGACUCUGUUGACUGAAAAUUCCGUUCGCGGGAUAUUGAACUUUGUACUGGAUGGCAAACAUCAAUUUGGUCAAGGAUUGAUCACGUACGCUAAUGAAGAUGUUGUUAACUGGAUUACGACUCUGGCUGAUAGCUUCAGAGUAGCGGACGAUAUGGGAAAGCUAAGAUUACAGUUCACUAUGUUUCACAAGCCAUUUUUUAGCAUGAAAGGAUCGUAUGUUGUCACGCAGAUGGCAGCGGAAAAACAAGUUUCGUUUAAUAAUGGAUUAGACGGAUCCGUUGCGGAAGAUUGUUUCUUUGCGAUGAAGGCAUUUUCCCAGGGAUAUACGUUCAACUUUGUAGACGGCGAAAUGUGGGAAAAAUCACCGUUUACUCUGUGGGACUUUGUACAGCAGAGAAAAAGAUGGUUGCAAGGUAUAUUACUUGUCGUGCAUUCCAAAGCGAUUCCAUUGAGAAAAAAAUUGUUACUGAGUAUUUCGUGUUACUCGUGGGUGACGAUGCCUCUCUCUACUUCUAACAUUGUUUUGGCCGGAUUAUGUCCGAUUAAUUGCCCGCCGUUGAUUGACUUUCUUUGCGCGUUUAUCGGCGCGGUAAAUAUUUACAUGUAUGUGUUCGGAGUAGUUAAAUCGUUCUCUCUAUAUCGUUUCGGUGUUGCUCGAUUUAUACUAUGUAUAUGCGGUGCAUUAUCCACUAUUCCGUUCAAUAUAAUCAUCGAGAAUGUUGCCGUGAUAUGGGGCUUGUUCGGUAAGAAGCACAAGUUCUAUGUCGUUAACAAGGAAUACAGGCCGCCAGUGACUGUGUGAUGCGUCAUCAGUUUAGAGCUAUUAUCUAACUGGUGCAAACUUAGCAACAGCGUAAUAUUUCCAUUGUGCAUGUGCAUAAUUAGUACCUGUAAAUUUAUAUAGGAAAAUAUAUCACUGUCACAAAUGAAAUAUUUAUAACUAGUAUUACGUAGGAAUUACAAAAUUCCUAAGAUAGAUCGAUCGAUCAAUUUUAAAACAGGCAAAAAUGAAAGGUGUAAUGUAUGCAGCAAUAGGUAGGCGGCAGUAUUAGAAGCGUAUUCUACAUUGGCAUUAAAACAUUGCCAAAUUUGUUAAAAGUAUUAAUAUGUCAAAAAUAUAUUUAUGCCAAUAUCAUAUUCUCAUAGUGCAAAUUAUACAUGUCAUAUAUAUAUAUACUUUGAUCUCAUGUAAAUGUCGUGUAAAUGUUUAGCAUUCUUUAAGUUACAUAUCAUUUUACAUGUUCCUUGCAUCUAUUUUUACCGUGUUCAGAAAUAUCUUAUUUUUGCCAUAUCACAGUAUUCUCUUCUUAAUAUUGUUUCACGAAGUGUUAUGCAUGCAUAUCACCAUAAUUUCAUAUUAAUAACAAUGUCUGAGAUGUCUAAAUUUUUAUUUAGACAUUUAUCAGUUUUUUAAAUAGUAAUAGGUCAUUUAAAUGCAUCAUUAAUUCGAAAAACUGUGAUAAAUCUUACUUUUUUACAUAAUAACAAUAUCUUUAUUUAAAAAAUAUAAAAGCUCCUAUUACCUAAUACAAACAG